AUGGCCGACCUUAAAACCCCAUCCAUGAUGCUCGUUUCUCAAGAAGAAUAUGAAGACGAAAGAAGACUUUGUUGUUUCAAUAUUCAGCAGAAAAGGGCCAAGAACAUGUCAACAAAGCUCCAAAACAGUCGUUUCUUUGGUUCCUCUCACGGAUGGGUCAUGGUUUUGGACGAAAGAGCAGACCCAUAUCUCCUCAACCCCUUCUCGUACGCUCGGAUUCGACUCCCUCCCAAAGAAACUUUUCCACACAUACUGGGUGUUUCCAAAGGAUACGAUAAUCAACACUUUAUUGUGGACUACUGGUACGAGGGUUUAGUGGUUCGUCGUCAAUUGUCCAUAAAAGAAUUGCAGUGCGGUUUGGUCAUCAAAGGUGUUCUAUCUUCGGACCCUUCUCGCAACAUGAACAGCUACAAAGUCAUAGUCAUCUAUGGCUAUGAAUCGAAGCUCGCUUUCUUUAACUAUAGAGAUAGUUCAUGGACAGACCUUGACGGCAAUCAUGGUCCUUAUUCUGAUAUCAUGUGGCACAAUAAUCAGCUUUUUGCAUUAAGCGACAAGGGUUCGAUUGAAGUUUGGGAUUUUGAGAACCCUCGUUCCAUGAAAACUAUGGUAAUCCAACCUUUUUUCCCAGGAAAAUCUUGGCGUUCUACGGAAGGACUUUAUUCAAGUCGAUGCUACUUGGUGGAAUCAUCCGGAGAGCUUCUGCUUGUUGUUAGGUAUGUGGGUGAGUUCGUUGGACAUGAUGGUGUACCAGUUUAUGAGGCAGACCUUCUCACUGAUGAAGAUACACAUCCUCUGGUUUGUCCAUAUAGAACACUGCAAUUCCAUGUUUAUAAGCUGAGUUUUAUUAAGAACAAAUGGGUAGAGGUUGAUGGUUUAGAGGAUCGUGCUCUUUUCGUGGGUGGAAAUCACUCGAUGUCAAUCUCGGCUUUGGAUUUUCCAGAAUGCAAGAAGAACUCGAUUUACUUUACGGAUGAUUAUUUGGAGAGAAUAAACGAGGAUUACUUGUAUGGGGGUCAUGAUUUGGGUGUUUUUAGCUUGGAAGAUAGCAGUGUUGAGCCUUUCUAUCCAUGUGAUUCAGAGAGGAUUGAACCACCACCAAUUUGGCUUGUUCCGACUCCAUGUGUUGUGAUUAAUUAG